UCAAGGUGAAUAUUCCAGGGAUAUAACGCUACCUGUGGGAUGAGUUUAUUUAGCGUUAGCCGCUGCUGUGAUUCUAACUAACCUUAAGUGACUUAAGUAAUCGAACAUAUCCGCUCACGCUAGCAGAAAGCACGACGUGUUUUUUGUCGGGUGGUCCGUCUAACACUUCUAAUGCCCGCUAACUGGCUUCUACUUUGAACUUUACGCCGUCAGAAAUAUAACUGGCAUUGCAGGAGAACAGGCCCACCAGGAUGGCCAGUGUGCUGUGCAGCAGAGCCAGGCUGGUCAGUUACCUCCCGGGGCUUCAUGUGCUGGUGCAUCGUGUGGCUGGAGCCAGAGCCUUCUCUGGUGCUGGAUCAUCAGGCUCUGAUGAGACCCGCGUAGCCAUCACGCCCGCCGACAUGAUGUGGCCCGAUGAGAGCAUGGGCCCUUUUGGGCCCCAGGACCAGCGCUUCCAGCUGCCUGGUAAAGUGGGAUUUGACUGCCACCUGGAGGGAUUAGCAGAGCAGAAGAGGAGCCUGGCACACAACAUGGUCCCUGACCUGCUGUCCUCCCCAUCCAGCAGAGAGAGACAUGAGUUCAUUCUGGCCCAGGUCAUGGGAGAGUUCUUUGAAGAAGAAGACGACCCUUCCUCGUCUCAGGAUGUCAACAGAGCGACUCAGUACUUUGACAGCUCCAGUCUGGAGUGUGCCAUACAGUCCUGCCCUGAACUUCUCAAGAAAGACUUCCAGUCCAUGUUCCCUGAAGCCCCACCCACUAGCAUGAUGGUGGUCACCGUGACCCAAAAGACCCAGAACGAUAUGACGUCAUGGUCUGCUGAGGUGGAGCUGGAGAGGGAUCAGAUGCUGGACACGUUUGUUGACGGGGCAAAGGAGAUCUGCUCCGCCCUGCAGACGGAGGGCUUCUGGGCCGACUUCAUCGACCCCUCCUCGGGCAUGGCGUUCUUCGGCUCGUACACCAACAACACCCUGUUUGAGACCGAUGACCGGUACCGCCACCUGGGCUUCCAGAUCGAGGACCUGGGGUGCUGCAGAGUAAUCCGACACGCUCUCUGGGGGACGCAUGUGUUUGUGGGGACGAUAUUCACCAGCGCACCGCCCAGCAGCCUCAUUAUGAAGAAGCUGCAGAGCGGCUGAACACGUGCCAUUAAAACUAACACGAUUAUUUAGUGAACUUCCUUCUUUUUGUUUUGGCCUAAACAAAUAUUUUCUAGCUGAAAGCGUCAGUCUUCAUAUUAAAGUGGUUCUUGGUUUGUGGAACCUUUUAGAUUCAGAACACCGGUCCUCGGUCUCACUGCUCUUCUUAUUGUGUGUUAUGACUCUACAAUAUACACUUCACACAUUAAAAUGUACAUUGUUGGAGACUUAAAGAUCCAGAAAAUAGCUCCUGUUCAAUGUGUGAAAACAGGACUAUUUUGAAGAAAGCAGAAAGUAAUGUUACUCUAAAUAGUUUUGUUUCAACAGCAUAGUGCACACAAAAAAACUACAUUUUUGGGUAAUUCAAUUCAAUUCAGUUUAUUUGUAUAGCCCAAUUUCACAAAUUACAAAUUUGUCUCGGAGUGCUUUACAAUCUGUACACAUAGACAUCCCUGCCCCAAAACCUCACAUCGGACCAGGAAAAACUCCCAAAUUGGUGUCAACAACAGUGUUAUUAUAGAGAACUUGAAGUAGUUAUGGUAAUCCACGUUUGACAGUUAUGAUAAGCGACCAAAGGGUUCCGGUAGUUAGUCCGACGUCCUCCUCCGACUCCACUGCACCAAACGUCAAAACCAUCUGGGACAAAUAUGCUCAGAAAUGUUGCUGGGAUUAUUUCUCCACUUCUACAUUCCCAAGUGUCAGUUAUUAACCAAUUAGAAUACUUUGAUGUUCAUAAUUUUUUUCCAAAAAAAUUGAUUGUAUAAAGAGAUAUAAAAUGUUCUAAAACAUUUGA